ACACUUUUUUUAAUCAGCAAAAUCGAACCUUUACAGGUUCAUCCUUCUUUCUCUCUCUCUAAAAAAUCUUUGUUCGUUUAUCCAAUUCUUACAUAAAAUACUACUAACAAUCUUCUUCGUCAGCAUAUAUAUCUUUCCUAUUUGUAACUAUAUCUAUACAUACAGUACUCUGAGAGGUGUUUUUUUUUUUUUUCUUUUUCUUCUCGAGAUUCAGAGAGUUUAUUCUGAAAAAUUGAGCUGUUGAGUUGGGAAAUUAUCUUCGAUUGAUUGAUUCGAGUGAGUAGUGAAUGAUUUGAUGGCUGCGAGUGCGAACCCAUCUGGGAAUAAUCAAGAAGGUUCGAGCAACGGAAAUGGCGCCACCAGUAACGGUAACGGUACUUCUCCGGCGGUGCCUGAGAACACGGUGGUGGCCCCCACCCAGGCGGCGCUCAGGCACAACCCGGGUAUCUCCGUUGAAUGGACUCCCGAUGAGCAGUCCCUUUUGGAGGAUUUGCUCACCAAAUAUGCCUCAGAAAGCAAUAUAGUCCGCUAUGCGAAAAUUGCAAUGCAGUUAAAAGAUAAGACAGUUCGAGAUGUUGCAUUGCGCUGUAGAUGGAUGACUAAAAAGGAAAAUGGCAAACGAAGGAAAGAGGAUCACAGUUCAGCAAGGAAAAAUAAAGACAGAAAGGAAAAAGUAGCAGAUCCUCUGGCCAAACUGCCUCAUGCUACAAUCCGUUCCAAUGGUCCUUCAUAUGCUCAGUCCAUGAUCUCUAUGGGCAGUGAUGAUGGUAUCUCGUAUGAAGCCAUUGGUGGUGCAACCGGACAGCUUCUUGAGCAAAAUGCUCAGGCCUUGGAUCAAAUUUCCGCAAAUUUUUCAGCUUUUAAGAUCAAUGAGAACUUCAGUCUCUUCCACCAAGCUCGAAAUAACAUCCUAACAAUCUUGAACGACUUGAAUGACAUGCCAGAGAUAAUGAAGCAGAUGCCACCUCUUCCGGUGAAGCUGAAUGAAGAGCUUGCCACCUCUGUCCUUUCUCAUUCACCCUUGCAGAAGAAAUGAUGGUCGUGGUUCCGAACAACCUGGGCUUAUUAGUUAUUAGUAAUGUUUCUGAUUCUUCUCCUCAAGUUGGGACCUUUUAGUUAUAGUCUAAAAGUUGAAUGAACUUGCUUGUGAAGUCCAGUUCAAAUUUCGAUUUAUUAUGGUGAUUUAAGCCGAUUCCUUGAAUGCGUAGUCUUAUUUCGGUACUUUCUUUUUUUCUUUUUCUUUUGCUUUUUUAUUGAGUAGUUAAUAGGAUGUAGUUUUCAUAUAAUGUAAAUUCUAUUUGUGUAUGAAGGAUUCGUGACUCUGUAAAUUAUUCAAGGAAAGGCAGUUGCUUGUA